CUAGAUUUUCCUCAUAACAACAACAAAACCGGCGCGCUCGCGCCGGGCGCCGCGGCUUCUAGUCCCCGCCCUCCUGCCACCUGCAGCCGCUCGGCCGCGCCCGGCCCUGCGCUACCGCGCUGCUGUGUCCUGCCGGAGGGGGCAGGCGGAGAGCGGGCCGCGCCCUUUGGCCAACUUCUCCAGCGGCCACUGCGCCGCCUCGCGAGACCGGGGCCGUGCCGUGGCCGCCGCCGAGCAGCAGGAAGGGAGCGGCCGCUGCGGAGGACGCCCGGCAGGACUGUGCUGCCGGCGGCCCUGCCUGGGCGCGGAGGGCGACGGUGGCGGGUCCUGCGGCCUUCUUUCAGUCCGGAGCCCGGCGGAGCCCGCAUCUGGCGGGGGAAGCUGCACCCACGGCCGGGCCCCCAGAUCCCGCCGCCGCCGCCACUGUCCAUCAUCCUUGGUACCGGCAAUGGCCUUUGUAUCGCCCGAUGCACUUGUGACUGACUUGGACACGGAAUUUUAAGAAGCUACUUGCCGCCCUCCCGGUACCAGUCGAGCCGGCAGUUACAACCUCGGCUAUUUGGGCUUAAGUACUGCUCUUCUUGACUCUCUUCAACUUUGGGGGCACCAUGGACCAAAGUGGGAUGGAGAGUCCUGUGACCCUCAUCAUUAAAGCACCGAAUCAGAAAUACAGUGAUCAGACAAUUAGCUGCUUCUUGAACUGGACCGUGGGGAAACUAAAAUCGCAUCUGUCUAACGUGUACCCUAGCAAACCAUUGACGAAGGAUCAAAGAUUGGUGUAUUCGGGCAGACUGCUUUCCGAUCAUCUGCAGCUGAAAGACAUUCUCAGAAAAAAUUCAGAUCAGUCAGGAUCAACAACUCCAUCAUCCAGUCAAGAAACCUUGUCUUUAUCUGCCAGUUCUUCCUCAGAAGGAUUGAGGCAACGAACCCUUCCACAAGCACAGACCGACCGAGCACAGACUCAGCAGUUCCCAUACGUGAUGCAAGGAAAUGUGGACAACCGGCUUCCUGGGCAGGCUCCUCCAGCCGGCGUGCCCGCGUACCCUGCUUUCAGCCCGCUGCAGAUGCUGUGGUGGCAGCAGAUGUACGCUCAUCAGUAUUACAUGCAGUAUCAAGCUGCAGUUUCAGCUCAGGCCACAUCAAAUGCCAACCCAGCCCAGCCUCCUGCUUCACAGCCUCUAAAUUUGGCACACGUUCCUGGAGAAGAACCUCCACCAGCGCCAAAUCUAGUGGCCCAAGAAAACCGACCCAUGAACGAGAAUGUUCAGAUGAAUGCACAGGGAGGUCCAGUGCUAAACGAAGAAGAUUUCAAUCGAGACUGGCUGGACUGGAUGUACACGUUCUCCCGAGCCGCAAUUCUCCUUAGCAUCGUCUACUUCUAUUCCUCUUUUAGUCGUUUUAUCAUGGUAAUGGGAGCCAUGCUGCUGGUUUAUUUGUGAGUGUUCAUUAGCUUUUUGCGGUUUCUUUUAAUUACUUUCUAAAACAGCGCAGAAUUUGGCAUAUGGUAGUCUGUCAUGAAUGCUGAGUGAAGGAAUAUGAGUUUUGGACUCUGUAUCUAGGACCAAAUUCAGAGCCGGUUAUGUGAGUAAAAAUGUUUAUCAGAACUGCACAAGCACAUU